AUUUUUUUUAAGAACACCAUGGACCCUGCGCCAUCUAAGCGAGAGCGCCCAAUCUCCGAAUCCGACGCCACCCUCAGCGCCGUAAAGCGUAUCCGGUUGGACGUAGACGACGAAGUAGAUCGUAAACAAUGUGCUCAGUUGGGGAGCGACAGUGUGACGUCCCAGGGGCAGCAAUGCUUCCCAUCUGAAAUCCAGGCCCUGCCUCAUGUGUUGAAACUCAUCGAGACGAUGUUACUGACCCCAGAUGAGGCCAUCACAGAAGUAGCCAAGACGGGACAGUCAGAAUGGGCUCAACAGAUAUUACGGAGGUUCGAGUGCGAUACAUCCGAGGCUUUCUACCAAGCAGCAAUCAGAGGGGAUUCUGUUAUUACAGAGAUACUACUUGACAAAUUCCUCCGCUAUAUGAACGAGCAAGCGAUACAGAAGACAGAGCAGGCCAUGCAAAGGGCAGCAAAAGCAGCUGCGGAGAUCGGACAACUCCAGAUCGUGCAGCUCUUGUUUUCAGAGAUAUACAUUUAUCGCAGGGCGUUUACUCCAAUGAUUACCGCUGCUCGAGAUAUUCUAGAUACCGCGGCAGCAAGCGGUUCUCUAGAGGUGGUCAAGUACAUGGUCAACCACGCAGUAAGCAGGCAAUACAUGGAUGAGUAUAGUAUCUUUCCUGAGGGCGAUACCCUGACUCGUGCAAUAAUGGGAGGUCAAAUGGAGGUGGUGGACUUCCUGCUCAAGUACAGAGGACUGCGAUGGAACCUGCGAAAGGCGUUUCUAGCAGCCAUGGACAGAGGAGAUAAAGAACUGACUGAGAGGAUUUACAACAUCUACCCACAGCAAUUCCACAACAAUAGUUUGUUCGCCUACGUGGCAGCCUCUGGGAAUCUGGAAGCUGUGAAGUAUCUUUAUAAUAACGGACACGACGACGAGGAAUCUGUUGGAAAAGCCUUGAAGGGAGCAGGUGGAUGCAAGACGGGAGUUGAGAUAUUGAAGUUUUUGCUGGACACUGGUCGGGUUACUCAAAGCGCAAUCGAUAAAGUCUUUCAAAGGGCUGCUCGACAGGAAAACAUGGAUGUGGUUACGUUAGUGUACAACACGAAGCUAGUGUCCCAGCAAGGGAUCAACAGGGCGUUUGCUACGGUGAAGAACGUUGCUGCUAUGAGACUGAUGUAUGAUAACGAGAAGAUCUCGGAAAGAUCUCUCCUGCGCGCUUUCAAGCUAAGCACGAGUCGCAACGGAGUCCAUACCGUCGAAAUAUUGAAGUUCUUGUUCAAGGAAAAGUGUAUUUCCUCGGAUCUGAUUAGCAAUGCGUUCGUGGCUGCUGUGAGGAAUCAACAGACGGAACUCGUCCACAUAUUGCGCGAUGAUACUCGCGUCACAGAUCAAGCUUUGAGUAGCGCUUUUGGGAUUGCAGCGAUCAGAGACGAUACGGCACUUGUAAAACUCUUGUACGACUACCAGCGUGUUUCUCAUGGCAGUUUGCUUAAAGCGUUCAGAGAAGCUACUCGCCAUGGACGCUUGGAAAUGGCAAAAGUAAUUGUGGCAUUUCUCUUCGAUGAGCAGCAUGUUCCACUGGUGUUUAAACACAGAGCUUUUGUACUUGCGGUUCGGCUCGGGUUCAAGCCAGUGGUUCUGCUUUUGUGUGAACGUAAAACGGAUGGAUAGCCUAUGGAAGUGCUGACAGAAGCGCUCGAUGUUGCAGCAGGUAAUCGCAAAGUCGUCAACCUGCUUCGCAAGAUAAUCUGCGAUAUGGUGCUCGCAGAACAACAUUAAAAAUGAGAGCUCCGAGAGAACUGAGGAGUACAAACAUUUAGCUUGACGAGUUUUCUUUUGCACUCGCUUUCCUUGGACGUCAAUAAAGAUAUCGACAUCUUUGAAUCAAGAUUCUUUAUGAUAAAGUGUAUGUGAUCCGUAGUUCAAUGGUCGGACUCAAGGGUUUCAGGCGACCGAUGACCAUGACAGAAUUUCAAGGCAUGACAAUAUCGUCUUGCCCAGCGAUAAUUGAUCGUGGCGGAAUGUUAGGAGAAUGCAACGUGUUGGUGAGAGUGAUUGGCGUGAAUUAUGAGAAAUUGAGCAUAUUAUGAAUUACUUUCAAAAUUUAUCUAAAUAACAUAAAAGACAAAAUUGGAG